AUGCCGGCGCGCACAGCGGCAGACAGACACGCGCAGCGGGAAGCAAGCGCGCAGACGCCGUCUCGCUCGCGCGCGUGUCGCCGUGACUGCCGCUCGGGCGCGCUCGGGGUCGCUCGGGCGCUCGGCCCGCGAGGCGCGGCCGAGGCGAGGGCUUUGGCAGUUGGCUACUUUUAUAAAUUCCCAUCGCCGUAUCGAUUCGCCUCGGACGCGAUGCGAGCUUGUUUUUUUCAUCACUUUUUAUUUUCAGUAGUUUUAAAAUACGCGAACGAGACAAUUUGCAGUGAGACAAGAAUGAAACAUAGUAAUGAGCCGCCGCGCGGCGCGGGCUGCGGACCGAGGCGCAGCGCAUCGGGCACCGGC